AUAUUUCUACAUAUAUAGCUUUAAUGUGUUGACACAUGAGACAAUUUCUUUUCAAUCUUAUUCAGUAUUCGAAUACUCUUUAAAAUAUGCUCUCUAGGAAGAGACCUCGGAUGCGAAUUGUCCGAAAACAUUCUCAAAAUGCUGAGACCAUUGCCAAUAACUAUGAUCUUCUCAUACAGAUUUUAGUUCGUUUACCUGUUAAAUCUCUUCUCCGAUUUAAAUCGGUUUCGAAAACCUGGCACUCUAUCAUCUCCGAUCCCGAAUUCUCUUGCCGUCUUUUUCCUGACAUAUCGGGCCUCGUCAUGCGGAAAUUGGGUUCUCCAGCCAACAAACCUGAAUAUGGCUUCAUCCCUCUUGGAAACAAAUCAUCAGCUGAUGAUGCUCCCUUUAAGUAUCUGGAUUUCAUUAACCACCCAUCAGAUGAUCCAGACUCGAACUUCGUGAGCCAACAAAUCGAAAUAUACUCGUCCCAAACUCGUUCCUGGAGACUCUCCGGUAAGCCUUUCCUUGCCCAUGUCAACACUGAGUUUGGUGGUGGGGUGUUUUGCAAUGGUGCCAUUCAUUGGCUUGGUGCAUGGAACAAUACUUCUUUUUAUUUCAACGUCCAAGACGAGGAACUUCGAGAUUUGCCAAUGCCUCCAAUUCCCGAUGAUUGGGAAGACCUUAGGCGGUGUCGGUAUUUCGGUGAAUCUCAAAACCAUUUGCAUCUUAUCGAAAUAUACCAACCUCCAACAACUCGAUUCUGUGUGUACGAGAUUGAGAGUGAUUACUCUGGAUGGUUUGUGAAGUAUAACAUUAAUCUUGAUCUACUAACAGUUGCAUAUCCAGGAAUGGUACGGACAUAUUCCGUUCCUUCGGAUUUGAAUUAUUAUGUCUUUUCGGUUCUUUGUAUUGUUAGGGAAGCAGAUGAUGAAGAAUCAUACAUGGUGCUGCAUAUACCUGAGAAGGCUAUACACUACAAUCUAAAGGAUGGCAGCUUCAAGAAGAUUUGUGAUUUAGAUGCAGAUGAAAAUGGUUAUAAGGGCAGCCCUGUUUUGAUUUCCUUGACAUAUUUUUGGGCUCAUCAUUUCAUCCAAACUCUCUCUCCUGUAUGAAGGAUUACUUAUUACAUAGUAUAUAUAUUUAUAUAUGCAUGUCUGCACCUAUAUAUACAUAUAUGCAAAACAAACAGAAUCUUAGAUAUUAAAGGUAUUACAAAUCAAACUUGAUUGCAUAAUUUGCAAUUAAUGCUACAAGAA